ACUCAUCUUCAAGUACUUGAGAUAGAAGAGGCCAACUGAUCUCAGCUGUGAGUGGCUAAUUUGGCCCUUAAGCCUUGGAGCCUUGGAGCCUUGGAGACCCAGGCGUUUGAAAACUCAAUGAGUGGACCUUUCCCAGCAGAGCCUACAAAAGGUCCCCUCGCCAUGCAACCUGCUCCAAAAGUGAACCUCAAAAGGACAUCUUCACUGGUGGGCCCCACACAAAGCUUCUUCAUGAGGGAAUCAAAGGCUUUGGGGGCUGUCCAAAUCAUGAAUGGCCUCUUCCAUAUUACCCUGGGGGGACUGCUGAUGAUCCCCACAGGGGUCUUCGCACCCAUCUGUUUGAGUGUAUGGUACCCUCUCUGGGGAGGCAUUAUGUACAUUAUUUCAGGAUCACUCCUGGCAGCUGCAGCAGAAAAAACCUCCAGGAAGAGUUUGGUCAAAGCAAAAGUGAUAAUGAGCUCUCUAAGCCUCUUUGCUGCCAUUUCUGGAAUAAUUCUUUCAAUCAUGGACAUACUUAACAUGACACUUUCUCAUUUUUUAAAAAUGAGAAGACUGGAGCUUAUUCAAACUUCCAAGCCGUAUGUUGAUAUCUACGACUGUGAACCAUCUAAUUCCUCAGAGAAAAACUCCCCAUCUACACAGUACUGUAACAGCAUUCAGUCUGUGUUCUUGGGCAUUCUGUCGGCGAUGCUGAUCUCUGCCUUCUUCCAGAAACUUGUGACAGCUGGUAUUGUGGAGAAUGAGUGGAAAAGAAUGUGUACCAGAUCCAAAUCUAAUGUGGUUCUGCUGUCAGCUGGAGAAAAAAAUGAGCAGACGAUUAAAAUGAAAGAAGAAAUCAUUGAGCUAAGUGGAGUAUCUUCCCAACCAAAGAAUGAAGAGGAAAUUGAAAUUAUUCCAGUGCAGGAGGAAGAAGAAGAAGAAGCAGAAAUAAAUUUUCCAGCACCUCCCCAAGAGCAGGAAUCCUUGCCAGUGGAAAAUGAGAUCGCUCCUUAAACUCUUUUCUUUUCUAAGCAUUAUUGUUUAGAGAGCUUCCAAGACACAUAGUUACCCUCAUCUCUUGUGGCCUUCCACAAUCUAUUCUCCAUAUUUUCACAGCUUAACUUUGCAUAGAGAAGCCACAUCUAGCUCUCCUUCACAUUUGAAGAAUGCAGUGAUUAUAAAAGAUUGUCUUUUGCCUUGCUUAGGGAGUCUUACACUGGCAGAAACGCUGAAGAAUCCAAUUCUCAUUCACCUUUUCCUUGGAUGUGUGUCUCAGUAGUGGUAAUGGUUUUUCCGCAUUUCCUCCAUCAGCAGUUACAGCAGAGGGAAAAGACACAUGACUGUUCUGUUCAUCUCUGAACUCUCUGACUCCUUCUUCAUGUUUGGUGGAGUCCCUUUUGCAUGAUUGUCUUAAAGAAUAUGAGAGAAAUUGUUUAAUGAGAAUUGUUUUAAUAAUGAGAGAAAAUGAGACACCUAUAUGCCUGUGGGGAAGGCACAAAAUAUGGCAUGUUCUUCAAGCUUCUGUGUCCCACUUGGGAAGCUGUGAAAGGCCUAGUCCUAAGUCUGUCUCUGUACAAAAAGCAUAGCUUACACAUAAGCAAGUUUCAUGUCUUAACUUUGCCCAUCUCCAGUUUCUUGGCUUCUGGUCACAUCGUUUAUGUAUUUGUAUUCUUUAGUCAAGAGAAAAAAGAAUGGUGAGACAGAAAUGUAAUGGGUUCCCAGAUCUCAAAUCCUAAGCAACAGCUGUGCUUUGAGAUUCUUUCCAAAUGGCAGAGUAGUUUAUUUGGUCUUUCAUGAUUCACAGAAAAAAAACAAAAAAACAAAAAACAAAAAACCUAUCACUAUUUUGUAAUUUAGUUGAAUGUAAGAAGCAAGCCAAGAUAUUCAAUAAUAGUUGUGGGGACUUGAGUCAAACCCAGCUCUUCAAAUUCUAGAAAUGUUUGAAAUAACCAAAUUAUCUAUGCCCAUAUGCCUGUAUAAGCUAUAUCAAAGUAUAUACUUUGUGAGCAAUGUGCUGAAUCACAAAAGAGUCAGAAUUGGAUUUGACACCAUAUGAAUAAAGACACCCAGAAUCUUACAUCAUUUGGAAAACUAGUCGUGACAUUAAUAUGCAAUUAGCUGGAAAGUUAUAAGAUGCACCACAAACACAUCUUAUAUGCACUAUAAAUUACCACACAAAGAUCAUGCUUAAAAACAACACAGUUAAAAUCCUAAAUCUCAGGCCACCAUACUUUCCCACCCCUGUUCCUGAGCAGGGAUGCUAGCACCUGACCUAGAAACACUGUUAGCCUAAAAAGAUCUCACCAUAGCCUAUCAUUCAGAUACCAUGACAAGUCUGCUUCUAGGCAUUAUGGGUAUAUGAACAGCUUAAGUUUCACUCCUUGGAAUAUUUCUAUUUUAUUAGAGGCUACCGGUGGGAGUUAUUUCCUGUUAUUACAAAGAAACUGGAAGUAGCACCUUUUCCCUGUGUGGUCUUCAAAACAAGCUCUAAGUAAAUAAAACUUUGUGUCAGUGCCUGCAAUGGAUACUCCACCUUGGAUGUUUCUUUCUUCUCCAUAACAUCAAACAAUGGGAUGCUUCUGCCACAUAAUACUAACCUGUGUUUGAAUAGUGGCACAUCCAGUCAUAUUGAGCUAUUCCUACCUAUCUGACACAUGCUCCCAAGGAGUUUACUCAUCCAGUAGGUCUUUACUAAGUUCUGCCCACUUACAAGCCACAGCACGAUUCUCCAUAUCCAUUCUUCUCCAUAGAAGGUACCCUAAGCUAAAGAAGAUACCGCUAUGCCUGGAGAGGAUGGGGAGGUGGGAGGAGGAGUGUCAAGCUGAAAAGUUUUAAAUGCAGUAUUCAAUUUGAAAAGUUUCCCCUCUCUGAAAUUCAUUUCCUUAAUGAUUUUACAUUAGUCAUCGUCAGAUUCUCAAAUAAUUAGUCUUUACCAAUUUCUCAUGACUAGGAGAUAAUUUUAGUGUCUAUUUAAAAAGAAUAAAAGUUCUUGUGAGCCUC